GAUUUUUAUAAGCUCACUCAAUCAACAAUCACAAAAUGGAAAUGACACAGGAAAAGAACUUGAAAUUACAUGAUGAUGUUGCUUCCUGUGAACGGUUGAAAAUGUUGAAGUUUUUUUCUAUGAUCCAUAGGCUUAAGAAUAUUAAACGAGCUGGAUGGGUCCGUACAAAUGUCAGCAAUCCAGAGAGUGUACCGGAUCACAUGUACCGUAUGGCUAUUAUGAGCAUGUUCAUACCGUCAUCGUCAGGAGUCAACAAAGAACACGUUAUGAAGUUGGCGCUGAUUCAUGACAUGGCAGAAUGCAUAGUGGGUGAUAUUACACCAUAUGACAAAGUACCAAAAGAGGAAAAGCAUCAGAGAGAAAGGGAGGCCAUGCAAAAGCUCAGUGAUUUAGCAGGACCAGAAGUAGGACCAGAAUUAUAUAGCUUAUGGGAGGAAUAUGAGCAACAGUCUAGCCCAGAGUCUAAGUGGGUUAAAGAUUUGGACCGAUAUGAAAUGAUCCACCAGGCAUUUGAUUAUGAGAAACAGGAAAACAAGCCAGCAUCAUUACAGGAAUUUUUUGAUUGUACAAAAGGAACUUUUCAACAUGAUGAAAUCAAAAAAUGGGUUCAAGAAUUGGAAACACAGCGGGAAGCACAUAUCAAACAAAGUUGAUGACACAAGACUAGACGCUGUAGUAUUCACUGACCAAUGAUCUGCAAGUACUGCAUAACUAAAGUGGUGUUCACAUUAGAUUAAUUUUGGUCAAACUCACCAGGUAGCUGGUCACGUUGACCAAGAAAAUCCAAUGCGAACAACCUGAGUUUCAUUCUCUUUGGUCAAACUACCCAAAACACGCGGCAGGUUUAACCAGGUGAAUGCUGCCCAGGAAGAAUUACCAGGCGGUUUUUCCAGAGCAGAAAAGACGAAUGCAAACAGCUUGACUUAGUUAAAGUUUUCCUGAGCACAUGCAAACUUUUGCGCACACUUUUCACAGCAUGUAUCCAUGAAUAGACAGGUCAUGCAUGCGCACAAUCUCACUGCAUUUUCUGUAUUUUAAAAGUUUAAUUAUUUUAAUUUUUUAAUUUACUUGAAGUUAAUACUGUUUUUUAAUUUACUGUAUACAAUUUAUUUCUUCUUUUUUUGUAUUUUAAAUCCUUCGUUAUUGUUUUACAUUAUUUAUUUCUAUUAUUUAUUUUAAAUAAUUUAUGUUAUAUAUGUAUAUACUCUCCUUAUUCUGUUAAAGGAGAAUCCUAAACAGGGAUUUAGUUUACUUUUGAAAAUCCUUGGCGUUUUGUUAAUGCUUUCUCAUUAAUUUUUAUUGAUUUCUUUUUAUUUUGUUUUUCCGAAGUUGAAUAAAUUAAAUCAAAUCAAAUCAAUUAGAUUAGUUUUAGGAUAGUUCAUGUGUUAGUUUUCUUCUUUUCUUUUUCAUAUACUUUGAGACUAUUUUUGAUUGUGUAAGGCGCUAUAUAAGGCGAUUUUCAUUUCCAAUGUGCAAACAGCAGGUUGACAAAGGUAAAUUUACCUUUUGUCUUGAUCAAAAAUUAAUCCAAUGCAAGCAUGAUUUAAAACUCUGUCCACUUUAUCAAGUUAUAUCACAGAAUUUGAUAGAACAUGACACUCCAUGAUUUAUUCAUGUAAUUGUUACAAUGUUCAAAUAUUUAAUAGUCAUCUGUUACUAUAGCAUGAAGCGAGAUCAUUUUGUCAGUGACACUGAAUGACAAUAAGUUGUGGUAUAGUUUUUGCUCUCUUCUGAAGCAUGGAUAAAAUUAGAUGAAAACAAAAAGGUGUACAAUUGAGUUUGUGCAUUUUAACUCUCUCUCUCUCUUUCUCAGGUGAGAUCUGCCUUUGUGCAGAUCAAUAUAACAGCCAGGGGCGGAUCCAGAGAUGUCCAAAAAGGGAGUCCCAAUCGAGAUAACACUAGCCUAGGGGGCCCUGUGGAAUUCCCUGCGACAUUUUUUUCUUUCUUUUAUUUUUGAAUUUGCAAAAUGGAUGGGGGAAGCCAGCCAGGCCACCCUUCCCUUAAAUUCGCCCCAGUAACAGCUGCUUAAUGUUGAGCUCUGUCCUGAUCAGCGGCUCUAGGAUAUAUUUUUUGUGGGGGCUAAGUUGUCCGACAAGAGGGACUUGAGCUCGUAGGCUUGAGCUAGGGGACGGAGCUGAGAGGGGGUUCACCUCCUAAAAUAAAUAUAUAUCACAGUUCUCUUUGGUUGAGUUGGUAAGACCAACCUCAUCUGGAUGGCCAGAAAUGGCACUCUCAGACUGUGACAGACAUGUGUUGGCUUGGUGUGGGCCUAUUUUAUAUGUUUUUUUGUGUGACUGCCGGACGAGCUCUGUCCAGCGGGGGGACUUAAGCCCCCGUCCCCCGCGCCGCCACUGGUCCUGAUUAUCAAAUUUUCUUCGACAAAAAACUGUUGAAUGCCCAUUGGCAUAUAAUAGUCUUUAUGUGCCUAUAUAUGGUCAUGAUGUGAUGUCAUCAUGAUCAUAUUUAUGCAUUUCACAUGUUUGUGUCAAAUAAAAUUUGAUAGUUUAGACAAGGCUUUAAUAGAAUAACCACAGUACUGUACUGUAUGACCAAAUUUGUAUUGACGUUUAAAAAUGUUUAGAAGUAAAAAUAUAUAUUUAUAUGUUUUAGUAAAUAGGAGGGAAGUGAUAUUAAACUUAUUACACAUACUGUAGUAGAUAAGUAGCUAUGUAGUAUGUGUGCACAUACAUAUUGUGUUACGAUUACUGUUGUUCAUUGGGGCACUGGAAUUAGGAAUUCGUUUUGAACUGCACACACGGAAAGAAUUAAGUCAUGAAUAUUAAUGGAUUUUUGUCGAGCAGUUAAAAAUAAGAUUUUACCAGAAAUAUUAAUACAGUAUAGUAUUUUAUUUCUGUAUUUGUUCAUUAUAUUUGCGACUUUUUCAAUGAAUGCAGUGAUGAAUAAAGAUAUAUUAAACGGAAAUGAACUCGGGAA